AUGGAGUCCACGACGGAAACAUACCCAGCUGCGGCAGCAUCGUCGUCAUCGAUGUCCGUGUUCCUGAUGCUGGUUGGCUGCGUGGCGACGCUCUGGUACGUCUACUUCCGGAUGUCGCGGCGUCGCCUCUACGAGUGCGCCGCCACACUGCCGGGUCCUGAGGGGCUGCCGAUCAUCGGAAGUGCCCUCGAGCUCAUGGGUGGACCUGAAGUUAUUUUCAAGUCCAUCUACGGAAAGAGUUUUGAAUACGAUGGUGGAGUAGUGAAGAUGUGGGUCGGCCCCAGACUUCUAGUCUUCCUUUUCGAUCCUAGAGACGUAGAGCUGAUCCUUGGCAGUUCUGUGCACCUGGACAAGAGCACCGAAUACCGUUUCUUCAAGCCGUGGCUGGGCAACGGGCUGUUGAUCAGCUCGGGCGACAAAUGGCGCUCGCACCGCAAGCUCAUUGCUCCCACCUUCCACCUCAACGUGCUCAAGUCCUUCCUGGAGCUGUUCAACGCCAACAGUCGUAGUGUUGUCGACAAGAUGCGCAAGCACGGUGCCAACACGUUUGACGUGCACGACCACAUGAGCGAGUGCACUGUCGAGAUUCUGCUAGAGACUGCAAUGGGCGUUAAUAAGAAGACGCAAGACAAGAGUGGUUUCGAGUACGCCAAGGCUGUCAUGGAUAUGUGCGACAUCCUGCAUUUACGUCACACUCAUGUUUGGUUGAGACCGGACAUCAUUUUCCAUUUGACCAAGUACGGAAAAACUCAGGAAAAACUGUUGGAUGUCAUUCAUUCUCUCACCAAGAAGGUCCUGAAGAAGAAGAAGGAAGAUUACAACAAGAACAAGGCAGCAGGUCUGCCGCCCCCAAGUGCCGCCUACAACACACCUCCCACCGCCCCCGCAGAAGUGCCAGCCACCCCCAAGGCUGCUGCUGCCCCCAAGGCCAAGGCCCCCGAGGCAGCCGGCCCCAAGGAGUCCUUCUCGUUCGGCCACUCGGUCGGCCUCAAGGAUGACCUCGAUGUUGAUGACAAUGAUAUUGGUGAAAAGAAACGUCUAGCUUUCUUGGACUUCAUGAUCGAAUCGUCGCAAAACGGCGUUGUUCUCACUGACGAGGAAAUCAAGGAAGAAGUUGACACCAUUAUGUUCGAGGGUCACGACACCACCGCGGCUGGCAGCAGCUUCUUCCUAUGUAUGAUGGCAGCAAGACCUGAUAUUCAGGAACGAGUAAUUGAGGAAAUCGACCAGGUGUUCGGUAAUUCAGACAGACCAUGCUCAUUUCAAGACACCCUCGAGUUGAAGUACCUGGAAAGAUGCAUCAUGGAGACCCUACGCAUGUAUCCUCCAGUGCCCAUCAUUGCUCGAGAACUCAAACAGGAACUUAAAUUAGAAUCGAUAAACGCGACCGUUCCGGCCAACUGCACAGUUAUCGUGGGCACGUACAAACUGCACCGUCGUGAGGACAUCUUCCCCAACCCCAACCAUUUCGACCCCGACAACUUCCUGCCCGAAAGGGCCGCCAGCCGCCAUUACUACUCCUUUGUGCCCUUCAGCGCCGGGCCUCGCAGCUGUGUCGGUCGCAAAUACGCUAUGCUGAAGCUGAAGGUGAUCCUCUCGACCGUUCUGAGGAACUUCCGCGUGAUGCCAGGGAUCCCCGAGAAGGACUGGGUGCUUCAGGCCGAUAUCAUACUGAAGAGGACCGACGGCUUCAGAAUCAAGCUGCAGCCCAGGAAACCAGCUGCGUCAGCCAAAUGAACUGCAAAAAAUAGAUAACAUCAAACACAAAUGAUACCUAAUCUAAUGGGAGAGUGAUAUUUUCGAAAGAAUUGUUAUUAUAGUUCAUUUGCUUUUAUGUAUUAUAUAGAUGAAGACACCAGCAGUUGCAGCACCUAAAUGAAAAACAAAAAUUAUUUACCUUAACAACAUAAGUUACUGAUAUAUCUCAGCGAUAUUUUUUCAAUAAUAGUUAUUAUUGUCUAUGAAGAUACGGUUAUUGUAUAAGCUUGAAAAAUAAAUACACUUUUUGCUGUUAGAAAAAACGACAAGCAAGCAGAUAUUUUACAAUAAAUGGAUUAAUCACUCACAGUUGUCAAAGUUGUCACAGUGAGUGAUUAAUUAAUUUAUUGUGAAAUAUCUGACUGCUAGUCGUUUUUUUAACAGCAGAAAGUGAUUAAUUAAUAAGAAAAAACAACAUUGAAGAAAUAAAUACAGUACCUCAAUCACACAAAUUAAUGAUAUAUCUUAUUUAAUGAGAAAGAUUAGUGAUAUUAUUCUAGCAAGAAUUAUUAUUAUGGUUCAUGAAGACGGCAUUAUUGCAUCAGUUAUGCAAUAACUAAAUGAAAUGCACCUAAAUGAAUAACAAAGAAUAUAUAUGGUACCUCAACACCAAACACAAAAAUCACACCUAAUUUGUUUAGAAAGUGAUAUUUUUGAGAGAAUUUUCAUUGUAGAUUAUGAAGGCACCGUAAUUGCAUCAGCUACAUUGAAGAAGAAUGUACAGUAUAAUACCAUAGAGAAACAAUAGCGUAAGUAGAUAUCUCAUGGUAUAGGGCGCUUUUACUGUUAUCACAAGCCGAUAGUUCACGUAUUUUUUCCCAUGCAGCUGUGUGACGCUGGUAGUCUCUCAAAUUGUGCCGUUCAUACACUCUCACCCCAACAAAACAGUGAAAACUGACAAUAAUCGACAGUAAUCGGCUUGAGAUAACAGCAAAAGUUGCUACAUAAAUUCCCUAUACCAUGAGAUAUCUACUUACGCUAUUGUUCUCUAUGAUAAUACUAAACACAAAAACUGUGGUACCGUAUCUAAUUCAGUGGAAAUGUUAUACUUGAUUCUUAAAACGCUUGAGCUGCGUUUACACCAAAGCUAUUAACAAAAUGUUAAUAACUUAAUCCUUAUAGAUGCUAUUGGAUUGAACACAGCUUAUCAUACACAUGAUGAACAUAUAUGUUUGUCAAGUUCCAUUCAAUCUAAUAAUAGAAUCUAUAAGGAUUAUGUUAUUAACAUUUUGUUAAUAACUUUGGUGUAAACGCGACUUAAAGUGAAAAAUGCACUUACAGCAGUGACGUAGUGACGAUAGUUAGUUUAUUUAGCCUGAUUACCUACACCAGGUCGAAACGAUCCACACAGCUAAGGUGAUAAAGUGCAUUUAUCACUUCAUAAGUAUUUCAAAAUUCAAGUUUCAAAUUAAUAGUGGGAGAAUAUAGAUAUGCAACACAGGAAAAGUAAUGUUUUUGCAGAAAUUAAUGUAGUUUAUAGACUACUAUAGGCCUACUAUAUUCAUACAUUGUAUAUGAAUAAGGAAAUGUAAUGAAUUGAGAGUAAUUUAUUUAAAAAAUUCAACACAAUAUGUAAUGAAUUGAAAUUGAGAUUCAUUUAUUACAAAAAUUAAAACAAAUAAUAAAAGACAUAAUAUUUAUGAAUAUUAUAAAAUAAUAAUAAUAAUAUUGUACAAAAUUAUUGUAUAAACAUUGCAAGGGAUGAAUAAUGAUAUUUAACUAUGUGUUAUAAUGAUACUGUACACUGUAUUGAAUUAUCUGCUAUAAUAAAGAAAGUUUUUCUCCAA